AUGAGUCAUCGGCGUCGGAAUGUUUCGCUAAUAUUCCGUGCCUUGCUAGUCAUUGCUACAUUCUCGCAUGGAAUUGGAACAUUUAUCCCCUAUUUUAUUGGACCAAGAUUCAGAGAUGCAUCUUUUGUUACUGAUGAGAUGAACGACGAACUAUCAGAAAUAUGCGGACGAUCGAGAAAAUCCAACGAACGAGGGUAUCCAUGGGCUGUUUCAAUUAUGCUUAAGAACGGUGUAAAUCGACUAGGAGGUUCGAUCAUUUCGCCUUACCACAUUCUCACUGUUGCUCAUGGAUUUAUGUCAUUUCAUGGCGGUGACGAAACACCUUGUAUGAUGACUAUAUAUCGCUCUCUGGAAGAAAUUCGAUCGCGGAAGGUAGCCUACGGUGGAAAGUGCAUCCGUGGAACAAGUGACUUCUUGCCAAACCACCCACGUUGCGUCAAACCAGAUGUCACAUUCAACAAGAUAAGGAGUGUCCUGAUCGACGAAACCUUCGUGAUGGAUGGAUGUCAUCGUGGACAUGACUGGGCCAUAAUUGAAUUAGAGUAUAGAAUCGAGUUCUCGGAGAGGAUAGUGCCUAUAUGCUUGCCACCUUUGCGUCCUUCGAUUGACAAAGUGCUGACAAUUGCCGGAUGGGGGAGAAGCUACAUUUUCAAUGAAAGCGGUCCUAUGAUACACGAGAUUCCUAUGAUCAUAGAUUCAAAAUGUGGAAGACCAGUGACGGACAAGCUUCCCUAUGAUGCACCAGAUUAUCUUUGUGCAACGUCGUUGAACACCAAUGACUACUUCGCUCCAAGGACAUGUCACGGCGAUAGCGGGGCAGGAAUGGAACAAAUCGACGAACGUGGACGAAGUAUUUUAAUAGCUUUGACGUCGUUUGGAACAAAAGGAUGUCCUUCAAAUGAAUUAGCAAGAUUUACACGAGUAAGUCACUACCUCCAACCGAUCUGCACCUUCACAGGCAUAUGCGAUAAUCCAGUGCAGUAUGCUGAAGCGAAUAAGUAUCAUGAAGGAGUAACAGCAGAAAUAAAGCAGAGUGUGAAAUGGGCUAAUAGAAUGCUGCGAGCCUUGAUCUGCGAGAACGCUUUGAAUGAGGAAUAA